AUCAAAGUUCUUACUUUUAUAUACUCUUUGAGUCUUUUUAGUGACGACGGAUGUGAGGGAGUGUAGUUAUGUUGUUACUAACGUAAUGUAACCCGAAUUUAAAAUUCUAUAAAAUUAAUGGUAUAGCCAUUAGUGUUUCUAAUCCAUUCCAGAAUAGUGAACUUUGUGAAAAAUGAAGAUUUGGACAUCCGAACAUACUUUCAACCAUCCUUGGGAAACGGUUGCUCAAGCAGCAUGGAGAAAAUACCCUAAUCCAAUGAACCCUGCUGUUGUAGGAAUCGAUGUUGUCGAUAGAAAGGUCGUAAAUGGCAUCUUAGUAACGCAUAGACUUGUUAGUUCGAAGUGGUUUUUUCCACGAUGGGCACAAGCGCUUAUUGGCACAGCUAAGAUAUGCUAUGCCAGCGAGAAGUCAGAAGUGAAUCCUAAUGAGCGAGAAAUGACUUUGAAGACCACAAAUCUGACAUUUUGUCGGUACAUUGCUGUUGAUGAAACGGUUAAAUACACUCCUCAUCCCUCUGAUCCUACAAAAACUCUGCUAACACAAGAAGCAGUGGUUACUGUACAAGGUGUUCCACUGAGUAGCUACAUGGAAGACCUGUUGGCAAAUAAAAUUUCGCUUAAUGCGGGAAAAGGUCGUCAAGCAAUUGAGUGGGUUAUAGGCAAGCUAGACUCGGAGAUAAAAGAAUUGGCAAAUACAGCCUGCAAAAGUACAGAUGAGCUCCUGUCACAUACUAAAAAGUCUUUAGAUGACAUUACAAUUACAGCAAGAAGAUCCAUGGAUGAUAUAUCUUCUAAAGCUAAAAAGUCUUUAGAUGAUAUAGAAAAAUUCAGACAGGCGAAUGCCAAUCAACGAAGCUGAAAAGAGGAGUGAUUUCAGCUUUUGUCAUAAGGGAAUGAUGUGUUUAUUUAAAAAUUCACUUACAUUAAGCAGGAAAGUUUCAGACUAAUAGUUUGUUUCAUCAAAGUGUAACUUUCCUUGUGCAAAAAAUUCUGCAUAGAUAAUUGCCCCUUAUGAUGAUCACAUCACAUUGAUACAGUACAACGUGUUAACUACAGUGAGGAAUGUAUUAUAUUAAUUAAUUUAUUAGAUGUAUGUAUGUAUUAGCUAAAUAAUGCCGUGUUUUAUCAAUGUGUAGUGUUAUUUUCAACUGUUGAAAGCAUUUGACAUUCAAAAUAAUUUAGUUUUAAAUUUGCAUUUUUGUUUACUAUAUAUAUCAAGAUGUAUUUCCACUACUUCACAUGUCCUUUGUGCUCAAUGUAAAGAGAAAUAAAAUUAGAUUUGUAACAUGAAGGCUUACAGCAUAAUAUUAUCCUUAGGUGAAAACUUGGAAUUUAAUUUAACUUGUAAAAAUAUACAUUUUAUACCUCUCACAAUAAUUUAAUCAUAAUAUAUUUUAUUUUGCAACAAAAAUUGUUUAAUAUUCACAAUCUUUAAUUUAAGAGCACAAAUAAAAAAUUCCACUAGACAUUUCUCAUAAUAAUAUCAUUGUAUUCUAUUUAAUAAAUUUUUGGUUACUGGCA